CAACCAUAAUUAAUUUCUCAUCCCCACCGUCCACUGGCACUCCUCCGUCUGUCUCUUUUUCCAUAAAUAUAUACCUCGAGCUAGCCACGCCGUCGUCGUCGAUCUUAUUCUCAGCUCACCAUGGCCGCGACCGUCGUCCUCAGAGUUGCUAUGUCAUGCCAAGGAUGCGCUGGGGCUGUUAGGAGACUUCUUACCAGUAUGGAAGGAGUCGAGUCUUUCGACGUGGAUCUGCAAGAACAGAAAGUGACGGUUAAAGGCAAUGUGACCCCUGAAGCCGUCUUCCAAACUGUCUCAAGAUCAGGCAAGAAGACUUCGUUUUGGGAGGCAAGUGAAGCCGACCCUGUUCCUGAGGCUGCACCUGACGUUGCUCCUGGAGCUUGAUUGCUAUGUUCACCUUCUUAUUUGUGUUGCUCAAUCAUAUCUCAGUCUGCUAUUAAUAAUGAAUGAGGUUCAGACAUAUAUAUAUACCUCAAUCUGAUCUGUAAUGUGUGUUUGUGUCUCAUUUUAUCACAGUUUGUUCGUUCGAUCGAUGUA